GGCGGCCCGGCUGGCGUACAGUUCGCUGCCUCCUCCAGUCAGCACUUCUCCGCCAUGGCCAAGCUCGUCCUCUGUGUCGCCGUCAUGGUGCUGGCCGGCCUCGCCGCCGCCGCGCCCCGCCCCGAGGAGAAGUUCACCACCAAGUACGACAACAUCAACAUCGACGAGAUCCUCUCCAACAAGCGUCUCCUCAACAACUACAUGAACUGCAUCCUGGACAAGCCCAAGGCCCGCUGCACGGCCGACGCCCUGGAGCUCAAGAAGUCCAUCCCCGACGCCCUGACCAACGACUGCGACAAGUGCUCCGACAAGCAGAAGGAGCUCUCCGAGAAGGUGGUGAAGCACAUCUCCGAGAAGGAGAAGGAGAUCUGGGAGGAGCUCAAGGCCAAGUACGACCCCACCGGCGUGUACGAGAAGAAGUACGAGAAGCUGGCUGACGAGAAGGGCGUCAAGGUCUAGACCGACCCGCCGCCGCCGCCGCAAGGACGUUCAGCGGACGCACCCCCACCAACAACGAAUCAUUACCUCAAGACCAAAAACAGAAGUGUGUACAUUUGACGAGAUGUUAGCGCAUGUGAUAACAAUGACGACAGCGAUGAUGUGAUCUGUGAAUAAUAAAAUGCAAUCAGACCAAAA